AUGGACACGUGGAGUUAUUCCUGCACCUGGACCGCAGCUUUGAUCUACUUUACUCUGUUGGGAUUUACGCACGGGCAGUUCUUUCCAGGAGGCUGUACGUUUGAGGAUUCUUACAGCAGCUGUGGCUACAGUGUAUCGCUGGGCACCAAUGGAUUUACCUGGGAACAAGUCAACUCAUGGGAGAAGACCACCAUGGACCCCGCCCUGCCCACUGGCUCGUACAUGGUGGUGAAUGCUUCGGGCCGUGCCUCUGGACAGAAGGCUCACCUGUACAUGCCCACGCUGAAAGAGAACGACACCCACUGCAUCGACUUCCUCUACUCGCUGUCCUCACGGGACGGGGCCAGUCCCGGAACACUCAACGUCUACGUUAAGGUGAACGGCGGAGCUCAGGGGAACCCCGUGUGGAACACCUCCGACACAGUCACUGAAGGAUGGGUCAAAGCUGAACUGGCCAUUUCCACAUUCUGGCCCAACUCGUACCAGGUGAUCUUCGAGGCGGUGUCGGUCCAAGGCCAUCCCGGGUUCAUCGGCGUUGACGAUAUCCGCGUUUUGGCUCACCCGUGCCGGAAAGCUCCACACUUUCUCCGUCUUCAGAAUGUGGAGGUGAACGUGGGCCAGAACGCCACAUUUCAGUGCACGGCAGGAGGGAAGUGGUCUCAGAACGACAAGCUCUGGGUUCAGCAGUGGAACGGUAAAGACAGCGCUCUGAUGGUGACCAGAGUGGUGAACCAUCGGCGUUUCUCAGCCACGGUCAGCGUUGGAGACACAUCCCAGAGAAGCACCAGCAGAUACAGAUGCGUGAUCCGCUCGGAUGGAGGCUCCGGAGUGUCCAACUAUGCAGACCUCAUCGUCAAAGCUCCUCCCACUCCCAUCGCCCCUCCCGAGCUGCUGGCUGUCGGCGCCACCUACCUGUGGAUCAAACCCAACGCCAACAGUAUCAUUGGAGACGGGCCCAUCAUCCUGAAGGAGGUGGAGUACCGCACUACGUCAGGAAAUUGGGCCGAGACUCACGUGGUGGACGCUCCCACCUACAAACUGUGGCACUUGGACCCUGACGUGGAAUAUGAGAUUAAAGUGCUGCUGUCCCGACCCGGAGAGGGAGGGACAGGACCCCCCGGACCACCUCUUGUCACCAGGACCAAGUGUGCAGAUCCAGUGCACGGGCCACAGAACGUGAACGUGGUGGAUGUGAGAGCUCGUCAGCUGACCGUCCAGUGGGAGACGUUUGGAUAUGCAGUGACUCGCUGUCAUAGCUACAAUCUUACAGUGCAGUACCAGUACGUCUUCAACCAGCAGGAGUUUGCGGCGGAGGAGUUGAUCCAGACCUCGUCCCAUUACACCCUGAGAGGUUUACGGCCUUUUGUGACAGUCAGGCUGCGGCUGGUCCUAGCAAAUCCUGAGGGCAGCAAGGAGAGCGAGGAGAUUGUCAAGCAAACAGAGGAAGAUGUUCCCGGCUCGGUGCCCAUGGAGUCUCUUCAGAAUACAGCGUACGAGGACAAGAUCUUUCUCCAGUGGAAAGCUCCUAACGAGACCAAUGGAGCCAUCACUCUGUAUGAGAUCACAUACAAGGCCCUGAGCUCGUGGGAUCCCAGCGCUGACCUGAGCACUCAGAGAGGACGAGUCUUUAAACUCCAAAAUGAAACUCAGCACCUGUUUACGGGACUGUUUCCUGGGACCACCUACUUUUUCACCCUCAAAGCCUCCACCAACAAAGGCUUUGGCCCCCCAGUCACCUCCAGGAUCACCACCAAGAUUGCAGCUCCCAUGAUGCCAGAGUACGAGUCUGAAACAGCGCUGAACGAAACCGAGACGACCAUCACCAUUUUGCUGAAACCCGCCCAGUCCAGAGGGGCCCCUAUCAGUUCAUAUCAGCUGGUGGUAAAGGAGCUGCGCAAAUCCAAAAGUCGACGGGCUGCGGAGGAGCCCCAGUGCUUCUUUGCUCCUAUCAGCUCCAAAAACGCCUCCAGAUUGGACUCUUCCUACUACAUGGCCGCCGAGCUACCGCCCUCCAGCCUCACAAUGGUGCAGCCUUUCACUGUUGGGGACAACAAGAGCUACGGAGGUUUCUUGAACCCGCCACUCUCUCCAGCCAAGAGCUACAGCAUCUACUUUCAGGCCGUUAGCCGUUCAAAUGGGGAAACCAAAAUCAACUGUGUCCGCCUGGCCAACAAAGGAGCCGUGAUUCAAGACUCGGACGCCAUGGAGCCGGAGAAACAGGUGGACAGCACGGUGAAGAUGGCAGGGGUCAUUGCCGGGAUCCUCAUGUUCAUCAUCAUCCUGCUCGGACUGCUGCUCGCCUUCAAACGCAGCUCCUGCUUCAGAAGACAUGCUUAUUCCUACUCUUAUUAUCUGAAGUUGGCGAAAAAGCAGAAAGAGACGGCCAGCAGCUCAACACAACAGAGAGAGAUGGGUCCAGUGACCACAGCUGAUAAAAGCACCACAAAAGUCAGUACUCUGCACAAAGACGACCCCUUCUCCACCUCCAACCAGGAACUCAACGGGUUUGCCUCUCCCUCAUCCUGCAGCUUCUCAGUCCAAGGAAACAAGACGCUCCAGAGCAAGUCCCUCAUCAACUCUUACUACUCAGUGUCUAAAGAGCCUGUCCCAGCCACUACUUCUAUUGACAGCAGCCAGGCGUCUAUGUCCCAGCCCUCCCUGACCCUGCAGAGCUUCCCCUAUGCAGGAUGUGAGUCUGUGGAGCUGUCCUACCAGAGCGGUCAGUUCCAGUCGGGCCACAUACCUCCAGCCAUCCGAGUGGCAGACCUCCUCCAGCACAUCACACAGAUGAAGUGUGGCCAGGGCUAUGGAUUCAAGGAGGAGUAUGAGGCCCUGGCGGAGGGACAGGCGGCCCCAUGGGACACUGCCAAGAAGGACGAGAACCGCAACAAGAAUCGUUACGGAAACAUCAUCGCUUACGACCACACCAGAGUGCGCCUGCCACAGCUGGAGGGGGAGCCACACUCGGACUACAUCAACGCCAACUACAUCGACGGGUACCAUAGACCCAGACAUUACAUCGCCUCACAAGGGCCCAUGCAGGAGACCGUGAGGGACUUCUGGAGGAUGGUUUGGCAAGAGAACUCCGCCUCCAUCGUCAUGGUAACCAACCUGGUGGAGGUGGGACGGGUCAAAUGUGUGCGCUACUGGCCUGAUGAGACAGAGGUGUACGGCGACAUUAAAGUCACCCUCAUUGAGACAGAACCAUUGGCUGAAUACGUCAUACGCACCUUCUCUGUACAAAAGAAAGGCCACCACGAGAUCCGGGAGCUGCGACAGUUCCACUUCACCAGUUGGCCCGAUCAUGGCGUUCCCUGUUACGCCACUGGGCUGCUGGGAUUCAUCCGACAAGUCAAGUUCUUGAACCCUCCGGACGCUGGUCCCAUAGUGGUCCACUGCAGUGCUGGCGCGGGGCGAACAGGCUGCUUCAUUGCGGUGGACAUUAUGCUGGACAUGGCAGAGAACGAAGGCGUUGUGGAUAUUUUUAACUGCAUUCGAGAGUUGAGGUCACAGAGAGUCAACAUGGUCCAGACUGAGGAGCAGUAUGUAUUUGUUCAUGACGCCAUCUUGGAGGCCUGCCUCUGUGGAAACACCGCCAUCCCAGUGUGUGAGUUCAGAGCCGUUUACUACAACAUCAGCAGGAUAGACCCUCAGACCAACUCCAGUCAGAUCAAAGACGAGUUCCAGACGUUGAACAUAGUGACACCUCGAGUGCGCCCUGAGGACUGCAGUGUGGGUUUGUUACCAAGAAAUCACGAUAAAAACCGCAGUAUGGACGUCCUGUCCGCUGACCGCUGCCUGCCCUUCCUCAUAUCAGUGGACGGAGAGAGCUCCAACUACAUCAAUGCUGCUUUAAUGGAUAGCCAUAAGCAGCCCGCGGCCUUCAUUGUUACCCAGCAUCCUUUGCCCAACACGAUGGCUGACUUUUGGAGGCUGGUGUUUGACUAUAACUGCUCGUCUAUUGUGAUGUUGAAUGAGAUGGAUGCAGCUCAGUUGUGUAUGCAGUACUGGCCCGAGAAAAGCUCGUGUUGCUAUGGACCGAUUCAGGUGGAGUUUAUUUCAGCCGACAUCGAUGAAGACAUCAUCAACCGCAUCUUCAGGAUCUGCAACAUGGCCAGGCCUCAGGAUGGGUACCGCCUGGUGCAGCACUUCCAGUUCAUUGGCUGGCCGGCCUACAGGGACACGCCCCUGUCCAAGCGCUCCAUCCUGCAGCUGGUGCGCAGACUGGCCAAGUGGCAGGAGCAGUACGAUGGAGGAGAUGGCCGCACGGUGGUGCACUGUCUCACUGGAGGAGGACGCUCUGGGACGUUCUGUGCGAUCUGCAGCAUCAGUGAGAUGAUCCAGCAGCAAAACAUUGUGGACGUGUUCCACACAGUCAAGACUCUGAGGAACAACAAGACGCACAUGGUGGAGACUCUGGAGCAGUACAAGUUCUGUUACGAAGUGGCCCUGGAGGCUCUCAGCUCCUUCUGA